AUGGCUCCGGCGGCAACGGAGGUUGCACCAGCAGCGGCUGUGGCCAUCGUGGCGGUGCCGUUCCCGGCGCAGGGCCACCUGAACCAGAUGCUGCACCUGUCGCUGCUGCUUGCCUCCCGUGGCCUGGACGUGCACUACGCAGCGCCGGCCGCGCACGUCCGCCAGGCGCGCGCGCGCGUGCAGGGCUGGGACGCGCGCACCGUCCGCUCGCUCCACCUCCACUUCACCGCCAUCGACAUCCCGCCUUACGAGACGCCGCCGCCUGACCCCGAGAACCCGAUCGCGUACCCCGUCCACCUGCAGCCGCUCUUCGACGCCUUCUGCGACCACGCCGCUGCCCCACUCGGGCGACUCCUCGAGGAGCUGGCCGCGACAAACCGCCGCGUCGUGGUCGUGCAUGACGGCAUCAUGGCCUUCCCGGCGUCCGAGGCGUCGCGGCUGCCCAACUGCGAGGCGUACGCCUUCCAGUGCGGCGCGCAGUCGUUCGCCGCGGGGUUCAAGGACCCCGGGCACUGCCUGGUGCGCGCGCUCGGCCUACCCGUCCCGCCGCCAGAUUUCUGCUUCACCAAGGAGUUCCUGGAGCUGGCGCAGAAGCAGGGCGGCCUCGGCGUGCCCGGCGCCGGGUUGCUCCUCAACUCCUGCCGCGCGCUCGAUGGAGACUUCAUCGACGAGCUCAACGAUACCCUCUCCAAAGACGGCAAGAAGCUCUUCACCAUCGGCCCGCUAAACCCGCUGCUCGACCUCGACCUCGCCGCGACCAGACCCGCCCCGUCGGCGCAGCCGCGGCACGAGUGCAUGGACUGGCUUGACAAGCAGCCGGUCUCUUCGGUGCUGUACGUGUCCUUCGGUACGAUGUCGUCGCUGCCCGGCAAGCAGAUCGAGGAGCUGGCAGCGGCGCUGCAGAGUAGCGGGCAGCGGUUCAUCUGGGUACUGCGCGACGCCGACCGUGCAGACAUAUUCGCGGAAGCCGGCGGCGAGAGCGGGCGUCACGCGAGUCUCCUUUCCGAGUUCAGGAAGCGGACCGAUGGGACAGGACUGGUGAUCACCGGGUGGGCGCCGCAGCUGGAGAUCCUGGCGCACGGCGCCACGGCGGCGUUCGUGAGCCACUGCGGCUGGAACUCGUUUGUGGCAAAUCAUAAAAUAUUCCGCCUGGGCCACGGGAAACCGAUCCUGGCGUGGCCCAUGCACUCCGACCAGCCGUGGAACGCCGGGUACGUGUGCGCCCACCUCAAGGCCGGCAUCGUCGUCAGGCCGUGGGAGAAGAGCCGGGAGACGCUGCCCGCCAAGGAUAUCCAAGAGGUCAUCCGGAGGGCGAUGGACUCCGACGAAGGCAUCGCCGUGCGGAACGCGGCAAAGGCGCUCGCCAAGGACAUUCGUGCCGCGGUGUCAGAAGGCGGCUCGUCGUGGGCAGACAUGGAGGACUUCAUUGGUCACAUCACAAAGUGA